AUGACACUUGAAUGUAGAUUUCACCGUGGCGAUGAAGGUGGUGCAUAUCUGCAGCUGGUGAAGCUGCAGGAGAUGGUUGGGAGUGGGAGGGAGGGGGGUGGGGAGGGUGGCGGUGAGGGAGAGGGUGGGAAGGUGGAGGGAGAAGGGAAGGGAGUGGGGGUGAGUGGUGGGGGGGAGGGGAAGGUGGGGAAGGAAGGGAGUUCGGAGGAGACCAGCACCAGCAGCAGCAGUGCUGAUGGUGAUGAUGAUGAUGAUGAUGAUGAUGAUGAUGAUGAUGAUGAUGAUGAUGAUGAUGAUGAUGAUGACGAUGAGGAGGAGGAGACAGAGGGAGAGGGAGAGGGGGGAGAGGAGGUUGGGGAGGCUGCUGGCAAGGGGGAAGGCAUGGGGACAGACCCAGAGCAGGGCGAGAAGGAAGGCGCAGGAGAGAAGGCCAGGAGGGAGAAAGCGGAGAAGAAGGAGAAGAAGAAGCAGAAGAAGAAGGAGAAGAAGGACAAGAAGAGGAAGAAGCGGUCUCCGUUCCUGCGCCUGGCGAUGCUGAACAAGCCCGAGUGGCCAUAUGCGCUCUCAGGCACGGUGGCAGCAGCGGUGCAGGGCGUCAUCCUGCCCUUCUUCGCCCUCAUCCUCUCCCGCAUCAUCACCGUCUUCUACAACCCAGACAAGGCCAAGAUGCGCAGCGACGCGGACUUCUGGUCGCUCAUGUUUGUCGUUCUCGCCGUGGUGGCUUGGGUUUACAUUGACAAAGCCAAGAUGCGCAGCGACGCGGACUUCUGGUCGCUCAUGUUUGUCAUUCUGGCCGUGGUGGCGUGGGUGUCCCGCACCCUGCAGACGUUCCUCUUCAGCGUGGCAGGGCAGCGCCUCAUCUGGCGCAUCCGCCGCAUGUGCUUCUAUUCCGUGCUGCGCCAGGAGAUGGCCUGGUUCGACCGCGAUGAGAACUCCAGUGGCGCCAUCGGCUCACGUCUCUCCUCAGACGCAACCCACGUGCACUCCAUAGUGGGCGACCGCCUGUCCCUCGCCGUGCAGAACGCAGCGACGCUCGCGGCGGGGCUCAUCCUGGCGUUCUCGUCCUCGUGGAUCCUCUCCUUCAUCGUGCUCGCCCAGUUGCCGCUCAUCGCUGCCGGCUCCAUCUUUCAAAUGAAGAGCCUGCAGGGCUUUGCUGAUGACGCCAAGGUGGGCUGA